UUGGAUUUGGGGGGUGUGGGGCGGAGUCAGAAGGCUGUUCCAUAUUCAUUAGGGAUGGGAGGAUGCUUGGGGGGGGUCCUGCUGAGUCCCAUAGUAUAAGAGCACAAUCUAGUUCCCCCCUUACUGACAAGUACAAAUUAUCAGACUGAGCGGUACGAGCAGCCCCCUAGUCCCAGGCUUUGGUGGUGUAGGAUUGAACAGAUCAUUAUGGAGUUUCUUACUGAGAAGUUUGCCCUGAAGAAUCAGCCGAGUAAAGUCAGUGAUUUGUACAUGGGGGCAGCAGCGGGCAGACUGGAGCAUGUGAUGGACUCAAUGGACUCUGAUCGGUUUUACAACAAGAGCCCGGCAGCAGCGGCAGCAGCAGCAUCAGGCAAGUGCAUAGAGCAGUGCAUAGAGAAGAGCACAGAGCAGUGCAUAGAGCAGUGCAUAGAGCAGGCCUUCAGUGGCAUUCACAGGGCUGGGCAUCAUGUGAGGAUAGAGCGGCCAUCCCCCUGCCACGAGAACAACGCGAGCUACGGCCUGGCCAAGAUGGAAGGGCAGACGAUACACACGGAGCUGGGGAGGCCCAUGGGAACGUGUUGCAGCCUGGCGCUCUCCCCGGGGAAGGCAAUGGCGGAUAAAGUGGAACUGGACGAGCUGGGGGAUAAAUGCGACAGCAAUGUGUCGAGCAGCAAGAAGAGGAGGCACCGCACCACAUUCACCAGCCUGCAGCUGGAAGAGCUCGAGAAGGUGUUCCAGAAAACCCAUUACCCUGAUGUGUACGUCAGGGAGCAGCUGGCGCUCAGAACCGAACUCACCGAGGCCAGAGUGCAGGUCUGGUUCCAAAAUCGCAGAGCCAAAUGGAGAAAGCGAGAACGUUAUGGACAGAUACAGCAAGCAAAGAGCCAUUUCGCUGCUACCUACGAUAUAUCUGUGCUACCAAGGGCUGACAGUUAUCCACAGAUUCAGAACAACUUGUGGGCAGGAAAUCCAAGUGGAGGAUCAGUAGUGACCUCUUGUAUGUUACCCCGAGAACCUUCUUCAUGUAUGACACCAUAUUCCCACUCGUCCAGGACUGACUCUCCAUACACAGGUUUUACAAAUCAUCAGAGCCAAUUUAGCCACAUGCCCCUAAAUAACUUCUUCACUGAAUCCUUAUUAUCGGGCUCUGCAAAUGGACAUUCUCUUGAAGCAAAACCAGAGUUUGAAAGGAGAUCAUCCAGUAUUGCAGUAUUGCGAAUGAAAGCCAAAGAGCACACAGCAAACAUUUCAUGGGCUAUGUAAAUGAAACUGUCAUUUUUUUAUUUUUUAUAAAAACUUCUAACACACUUUAUUUUUUGUAUUUAAACAUUUUUAUAAACCUGCGUCCGAACUGUUUUGAAUUUGUUGUUUCUUAAAAGUUUGUAAAAACUUUGUAAAAAAUAAAUAAAUGUAUUAAGCACUAAAAUCCCAAGGUCU